UUCAGGCCAAGCUCUGUAUCACCCGAGGACCGCAGUACUCUGCUCAUGAGAGGUCGUGUUGGAUACUCUAGAGUAACCUUUUCAGUAGCGCUCACCUCAGGUGCAUGCUGAGAGAGGCCCGAGCUGGGAACGUGAGGGUUUCACAAAGGCUGAAGAGAAAAAUGGAGCCUGAUAUACACACAAGUGGUUCAGUCAUGAUGGAUGAGGAUGAUAGAUUGAGUGAGAGAGGUCUCAGCAACUCCAGGAAGAGAUAUGAUGAUGAUGAUGAUGAUGAAGACUACCAUUCCAUUUACAUUGGGGUACCAAUGCCACGGGGCUACAGGAGGAAAAGGCGCAGACGGAGAUCCGCCUCCAGCCGGGAUAAAACCAGCGAGAAUGAAAGGCUCUAUGAGCGCCAGGACCGAUCAGAUACCGAUGAAGGAGGGCAAGCAAGCUAUGACAAUGGGAACGACAAUGCCAGCAGGACAAUGUCUCCAGCUGCUGAACGCCUUCGUUACAUCCUGGGUGAAGAUGAUGACCCUCCAAACCCCACCCUGUUCACUGAGAUGGACACACUGCAGCAUGACGGGGAAGAAAUGGAGUGGAAAGAAUCUGCCAGGUGGAUAAAAUUCGAAGAAAAGGUGGAAGAAGGAGGGGAGAGAUGGAGCAAACCUCAUGUGUCAACGUUAUCUUUGCACAGCCUGUUUGAACUACGCACAUGUCUACAGACAGGGACGGUGCUCCUAGACUUAGACGGCUACUCCUUACCACAGAUCAUCGAUGAUGUUAUUGAAAAGCAGAUAGAGGAUGGUCUGCUCAAGCCAGAGCUGAGAGAGAAAAUAAGUUACGUGCUACUGAGGAAACACCGCCACCAAACCAAGAAGCCGAUCCACCGAUCCUUGGCAGACAUUGGCAAAUCGGUCUCGUCCAACACAAAUCGCAGUCCUGUCAGGAGCCCAGCAGCAGGAGCCAGCUUCCACCGCUCCACCGAAGAUCUUAGAAUGAGACAGAACGCAAAUUAUGGACGUUUACGCCAUGCGCAAAGCAGAAGCAUGAAUGACAUUACAGAUACUCCAAGCACAGAUCAGGUACUAAAAAAUAAAUUCAUAAAGAAGAUCCCCAAAGACGCAGAAGCCUCCAAUGUCCUGGUGGGAGAGGUAGACUUCCUGGAGAAGCCAUUUGUGGCAUUCGUGAGGCUCAUACAGUCCACCAUGCUGGGCGGGGUGACGGAAGUUCCCGUCCCCACUAGGUUCCUUUUUAUUCUCCUGGGUCCUUCAGGAAAGGCAAAAUCCUACAAUGAAAUCGGCCGAGCUAUCGCCACCCUCAUGGUAGAUGACCUUUUCAGUGAUGUGGCCUACAAGGCCAGAGACCGAGAUGACCUGAUUGCAGGAAUAGAUGAGUUUCUGGAUGAAGUCAUUGUCCUCCCACCAGGGGAGUGGGAUCCAAACAUUAGAAUAGAGCCACCCAAAAAAGUCCCUUCUGCUGAGAAGAGGAAAUCAGUGUUCUCGCUGAACGAAGCAGGGCAGAUGAACGGCACCGCAGGAGGAGCGGCAGGAGGGAGCGGCGGAGGUGGAGGGGGCGGCAGUGGCAGUGACAGCGGAGAAAUGCCAGCUGUGCAUGAAGUUGGGGAAGAGCUUGUCUGGACAGGCAGGUUUUGCGGUGGCCUGUAUUUGGAUAUCAAGAGGAAGCUGCCCUGGUUCCCCAGUGAUUUCUACGAAGGCUUUCAUAUCCAGUCUAUCUCCGCUAUCCUCUUCAUUUACCUGGGCUGCAUCACAAAUGCCAUAACAUUUGGGGGGCUGCUUGGUGAUGCUACAGACAACUACCAGUACAAUGCUAUUAAUGUAACAGCUCUGGACUGGACCCAGCUGAGUAAGAAGGAAUGUCUAAAGUAUGGCGGAAGCCUAGUAGGGAAAUCCUGUAAAUUUGUUCCUGACUUAGCCCUCAUGUCCUUCAUCCUCUUCUUUGGGACCUAUUCCAUGACUGUAACUCUGAAGAAAUUCAAGUUCAGUCGCUACUUUCCUACAAAGGUCAGGGCCUUUAUUGCUGAUUUUUCCAUUGUCUUCUCCAUUCUGCUGUUCUGUGGAAUAGAUGCCUGGUUUGGCCUGGACACUCCAAAGCUGCAUGUUCCCAGUAUAAUUAAGCUACGUAAACUUAUUAGUGACUUCUCUAUCUUCAUGUCCAUACUAAUGUUUGUUGGUCUCGAUGUAUUGUUUGGACUGAAUACUCCUAAACUGCAAGUGCCUACUGAUUUUAAGCCCACUCGCUUAGAUCGAGGAUGGUUUGUGUUCCCGUUCGGUAAGAAUCCAUGGUGGAUCUACUUGGCCAGCGCCCUGCCAGCUCUGCUGGUUACCAUCUUGAUCUUCAUGGACCAGCAAAUCACAGCUGUCAUAGUCAAUAGGAAGGAGCACAAACUGAGGAAAGCGGCAGGUUAUCACCUGGACUUGUUCUGGGUGGGGGUCCUGAUGGCUGUGUGCUCAUUCAUGGGGCUGCCUUGGUAUGUAGCUGCCACGGUCAUUUCCAUAGCUCACAUCGACAGCUUAAAGAUGGAGACGGAGACCAGCGCGCCAGGGGAGCAGCCGCAGUUCCUGGGAGUGAGGGAGCAGAGAGUCACCGGAAUCAUUGUCUUUGUCCUGACUGGGAUAUCUGUCUUCCUGGCUCCAAUUCUGAAGUAUAUUCCGAUGCCGGUGCUGUAUGGUGUCUUUCUCUACAUGGGAGUUGCCUCUCUGAAUGGCAUUCAGUUCUGGGACCGCUGCAAGCUCUUCCUGAUGCCAGCCAAGCACCAGCCUGACUACGCCUUCCUUCGCCACGUGCCCCUGCGGCGGAUCCACCUCUUCACCCUGGUGCAGAUCAUCUGCCUAGCCAUCCUCUGGAUCCUGAAGUCCACUGUGGCGGCUAUCAUCUUCCCUGUGAUGAUUUUAGCCUUAAUCUUAGUGAGGAAAAUGCUGGAUUUCGUCUUUUCCCAACACGACCUGGCCUGGAUUGAUAACAUCAUCCCCGAGAGGGAGAAGAAGAAGGAAGACGACAAGAAGAAGAAGAAGAAAGGCAACAAAGGGGAAGAGGAGAGUGAGGAUGAGGAAAGAGGUCCUCCAGUUGGAGCUUUGCGUUCUGAUUCUUCUCCUAAUGGUUCAGACUUGGAUCGCAGUAUUACGCUUCACCUGAAGAUUUCCUGCCCAUCAUCUCCUGCGUUUAACUACUCCCGAAACCCUCUCUGCGCUGUGCCCCAGGUGAAGAUAGAGAUGGAGUCGGACUAUGAAGACAGUGACACAGAAAAGCACCCUCGGGACAUGGGCAGCGAGACCACGCUGUAGUCCCACACUGCCCUUCCUUUGUGAUGAUAUAUAAAUAAGAAAAUUGGGCAUAUUUUUCUAUGUGACAGACUAAGGAGAUCAUAGGUCCCUGGGACCCAUUUCUCCAUUAGCUUUUAGCAGAAUAAAUUAGAACUGCUGUGGAAUUCCACCCCAUUCAGUUGGGCCAAGAAACCACUGCCAGCUUCAGAGCAAUGCCAGGAAUGUGGAAAGGGUACUUUGACUCUGGUCCCUGCAGUAAUAGGGGAUAUUAGACCCUGGGCAGUUGCUGCCAUUUCAGUGACGACUCUGAAAAUAGCAGGGCCACCUUCCUUCAGCAUCUGGACCCUGACAUCACCAGCAUUGGAGAGUCGCACCCUUUCCAGUGCAAGCUUCAACUCCACCGUUCUCUUGUAGUCUGUGUCCCUAUUAGCAUUAGUUGGCCCAGGGGCAUUCACAGAUAAGAUGAGCACCACCCUACCCAAUGUUUGAGCAGUAAUCUGUGACAUUCCAUGGCAGGGGAGGGAGGAUUUCAGGACUGUAAACUGUAGUUUAUUGUAUGUUUUACACACCAUAUGCAGCAAACAAUGCACACCCCAGAAAAGUAUACAAAACAGGGCUAAGAAGAAUUCCCUUUUUGGGAAGUUAUGGAAUGUUUUCGAAUCAAAGUGGAAAAUGUCCCUGGCUGCUGUUUUAAAGGGCUGUGGCUAUAUUUUUAAACUGCUUCUGUCCUGCAGGAAGGGAGGGUGUUUGCCACUGGGUAACACAGAGUUCCUAUAGAAUUCACUCUCUGGGGCUAGGAGCAAUUUUAAAAGGGUUAGACUUGUAAACUCAGUCACUUCCCACCCUCCCAUACUCACCCCUCUCUCUGCUGAAGUUAUAAUAAUACUGUUCUAAGAUGACUUAGUCCAUGUAACGCCUAUUGUUAAUGGAGAAACUUGUAAGAGGUUGACACACACACAAACCAGCUGUUGUCCAGGCCAGUCAGGCUGAAAUAGAAAGUCCUGCAGGUAACCAUUACAGGGGCGAUGGCAAUGACGGUCUAGCUUUUACUUGGCAGCAUGUUCUACACCAGCAACAAUCUUCCUUGAAAGGACCAUCCAUUUUUGCUCAACCCAGCCACAUACAAAUAACUGUCUGGAAGGUAAGAAGCACUUUGGGCUGUGAAAUGUUUGGUUAAUCCUAGGGUUAAAGAUGGAAGAGCCCUAACUGAGCUAAUCCAUUCCCUUCCAGCACAGGCGUUCUCUAAACAGGAGUGGAGAAAUCCACAGCCUGCGGUAUUUUUAUGAUACAUGCUAGAGACAGCUAGACAAUAGAACUUCCUGCUCUGCCAGCACAGGCCCCUGCCACUGGAGCAAAAGAGGGAUUCUCUGUUAGAACAAGUCCUGUGACAGUUGAGCAGUUCUGAUUCCAUACACUAGCCAGGCAGUAGCAACAGCAGUCCUGCUCGAAAGUGACGUACAGGCCCUUGUC